UUGCAAGCAAGAGAGAGAGUGAAGAGAGCUCUGUACACUGUGUUGCAGAACAAAAGAGAAGCAAAGGCUUUAGGUAAACUUCCAUUACCUUGGCCCUUGAGGAAAAGUCAUCCACCUGUCUCUAAUUUAAUGCUGCUCUCAAAUUCUUAUUCUUUAACUUCCCUAAAGUUCCCAUCGCCAAAACUCAGUCUUCACCAAAAUCGCAGCCCAAAACGAAUCGUGAAAAUGGCCCAGACUGCCCAAAACCCGGUGAAGCAGCAAUUGAAAAUCGUUGUACCCAACAAACAUGGUGAAAAACUUGUGGGCUUAUUACAUGACACAGGUUCUGGGGAGAUUGUAAUCUUAUGUCAUGGUUUUCGAUCCUCAAAGGAGACAACUAGUAUUGCAAACAUUGCUGUUGCGUUGGAGAAUGAAGGAAUUAGCUCCUUCCGUUUUGACUUUGCUGGAAAUGGGGAAAGUGAAGGUACCUUUCAGUAUGGUCAUUAUCGUAGAGAGGCUGAUGACUUGCAUGCUGUAGUCCAACACUUCUCUGGGGCAAAUCGUGUACCAAGUGCAAUCCUUGGGCACAGUAAAGGAGGUAAUGUUGUGCUCCUAUAUGCUUCCAAGUAUCAUGACAUUCCUACCGUUGUCAAUGUUUCUGGGCGUUAUGAUAUGAAGAGAGGCAUUAAAGAACGCUUGGGAGAAGACUUUAUGCAAAGAAUCAAGAAGGAAGGAUUUAUUGAUGUUCAGAAUAAGAGAGGAAGUUAUCGAGUGACAGAGGUAAGUUUGAUGGAUCGCCUAAGUACAGAUAUGCAUGAAGCAUGCCUUCAGAUUGACAAAGAUUGUCGGGUAUUAACUGUCCACGGGUCUGCUGACGAAGUCAUCGCUGUUGAAGACGCAUUAGAGUUUGCCAAGAUUAUACCCAACCACAAACUACAUAUCAUAGAGGGAGCUAACCAUAACUACAGCUCACAUCAAGCCGAGUUGGCAUCAGUUGUUGUGGACUUCAUAAAGACAUCUCUGCAGCAGGACAAGGCUACUUCUUAAUUUGUUGGUCCUUCUAUACCAAUCAGUAUACAAUUUGCUUGGUUCUUUCCCCUGAAGUGAUAACAAAGUUAGUCUUGCAGUUUUUUUUAUCGACUAUUGUUGGGAUUUACCUCGACGUUCAUAACUGCCGACAACCUUCGUUGGCCGACUUGGUGCUGUGCCAGAGAAAUAAGAUACUUGGUGACCUCAAUUAUGGUUCAACUUUUAGAGGAAUUACACUCUCUGAGUCUCUGUUGUGUAUGCAAAUCAAUGUUGUACAUGUAUAGGGAUCGUCUUAUAAACUACAUGCAUUUCCGUAUGAAACCAUUUUCUUGUAACAUUCUCAAUUUAUUCAUUUUUCUUGAGAUUCGUUAAGAACUCAAGAUUGAUCGAAAUAUGUUCUCAGCUUAACAAUGUACAAUA